AUGUCGGAAAACGAACCGAUCAAGCUCACUCUAAAGGGCUCCCCCAGAGAUAUAGGGAUCCAACAUGGCCGUUCAUUACGAGAGCAGAUCCAUGAUCAAAUAUCCAUUUACGACCGCAUGUUCCAAUCUACCUCGAAGUUAUCCUGGAGCGAUGUACGCGAAGUCGCAAGGGAGUUUCAGUCCACGCUCGAAAAGCUGACACCGCAUGUAUACGCCGAGAUGGAAGGAAUCGCAGAGGGUGCUGGGCUAGAUGUGCUGGACAUUAUAGCACUAAACUCUCGAAGUGAGAUCGCGCUGGGAAAGUUCUCCGAUGGCUGUACAACAUUGUGCUGGAAGAAGAGCGAUGGGGCGCGACUACUCUCGCAGAAUUGGGAUUGGACGGCGACUGUCAAGAAGAAUUUGGCUAUGGUUUCUGUUGAGCAGCCUGGAAAGCCGACUAUCUAUAUGGUUACCGAGGCUGGAAUUGUUGGCAAGAUCGGAUUCAAUUCCGCUGGUGUUGGAACUUGCCUCAAUGCAAUCCGCGCCAAACCAAUGAUCAGUAGCAAGCUCCCGAUUCACGUGGCGCUUCGGUUAUGCUUGGAAAGCACUUCUGUCAAGAACGCCGUGGAGACCAUCGAGUCUCUGGGUGGUGUAGCCUCUGCCCAGCACAUUCUUUGCGCCGACAGCACAACAGCCCUAGGGCUCGAAUUAUCGCCGGUAGGAGACAAGCAUAUUGCAGAAGAUGCAUCGGGAGUUAUCGGGCAUACCAAUCACUUCAUUGAGAACCGCUAUGUGGAUGAGCCACCAUGGCUCUCUGGGUCUCCCAUUCGGUUGAAGCGACUGCAACAGUUGACACAGGAGCUGAUUCAGGAAGGAGUCAAAGGCGAUUCCAUCACUCCCGCUCUAUUGCGAGACCGGAUCUUCUCUGAUACGUAUAACCUGCCGCAGGCGAUCUGCUGCGAAGAGGAUCCGCUGCGUCCUAUCUCCAACAGGAGUAGCUCUUUGUUCAACAUUGUUAUGAACUUGGAUCCGAAACAUCUGGGAGCAGAGGUCGUCUUUGGUCGGGUUGGAUCCGGAGAGGAAGGGCCUGUGUUGAGAAUGCCCUGGAACUAG